AUGUCACAACUCCACAGAAAAACGGGUCUCACUGAAGUCCCAUCAGAUAUAUUGGGAUUGCGUCAACUACGAAUCCUUGACUUGAGUCUGAAUUCCCUUCAAUCGGUUCCAGAGGGGCUAAAAAAUAUCACCUCUCUAGUGGAGCUUGACCUAUCUGAUAACAACAUCUCUGCCCUUCCACCUGAGCUGGGUCUGCUAGAACCAACUCUUCAGGCAUUGAGACUUGAUGGGAACCCACUUAGAAGCAUUCGGAGGCCUAUCUUGAAUAAAGGAACUAAAGCUGUUCUGAAAUAUUUGAAGGACAAAUUGCCAGCGGAUUAG